UUCUCCUAACCCUCUCUCUGUCUGCCCUACUCGCACUAGAUCACUCUGCCCCACACUUCCUUCUUCGAAGCUCUCUUCUGCAAGUAAGAUUUCUCUCUCUAUAGAUAUAUCUAUAUUUAUAUAUACACACACAUAUAUAUAUAUAUAUGCUCCUCUGGACUGUGAAAGUAAGCAUUUUUAUUCGUUACGUUUUGUGCUAAUCUUUUUGGUCCUUCUUCUUAAGACUCCACGAUUCUCGAAUCAACCACUCAUUUGACUUGAGCAUUUUCUUCUCUGUAGUUUGAUUGGAACCUCUCUCGCUCGCUCGCUAUCUCCAAGAUUCAAACUUUCUCUCUCUUAAAACUUUCAGAACCUGCAGCAAGCAUCGGUUGAUCUUUUUGAACCAACUGAAGUAUCUCAACUUUCAAUCAAAGAUAUCUUUAUACUCUCUCUCUAUAUAUAUAUUUGAACUAACUGUUUUUGUGGUGCGUGAGUGAUUAGAUCUGUGGCAGUUUAGAGAGAUUAAGCGAGAAUCAGUUUACCGCUGGUUGCAAAUCUGAAGUUUAGGUUUCGAAUUUGGUCAUACGUUAAUUCCACCUAUACAAAAUUUCCUCUUUUUUUCCUCAUUAGGUUCCUUCAUUUAUAACUAUAAAAGUAUUCGGGCUUCCUUUUCCAACCAGAAGUAGAUUUUACCUAGAUUUUGGUGCUUUCGAGCUUUUCACUAGCUUUGAAAUUAAACUUCAUUACACUCGAACGCGAUGUUAUCUUCUACAAAUCAUUAGGCUUCUGCUUUGAUCUUAUUCCUAUAAUUGGGAAAGGGGUCUUUUUUGACCCUACGAUCUUCGGAAGUAAGAUUGGGGUUGUGGUUUGAAUAAAGAUUACUCUGGGCUUCUCAAUUGAUUUACAAAUUUGGGGAUUCUUCUGAUAAUACAAAUAUCAAUUUUGGGUACAGUACCAGCUAAUGAGUAUGAGAAAAAAUGUUAAUUCCCACUCAGCAAGAAUGUACAGUGAUAGAAGGUGGGUUCUUCCUUUCUUUGCCAGUUUGCUUAUCUCUGUUACUCUGAUUAUGGCCGCUGGUUUUGGGUUAUAUUCGUCUUCCUAUGGUGGGGAUCAACUGCAAUUUGACAUUGUUUCAUUUGGGAGAUCGGAGGACUCAAGUGAGUACUUUGUAGAAUCCGAUAUGAGAAGAUCACUCGAUGCAAAUGGGAUUUCAAAAAUAGAAGCGCCUAGAUUAGCUUAUCUUAUAUCGGGAACAAAGGGUGACAGUCAAAGAAUGAUGAGGACUUUGCAAGCUGUGUAUCAUCCAAGAAAUCAAUAUGUUCUACACAUGGAUCUUGAGGCUCCACCACGUGAAAGGUUGGAUUUGACAAUGUCCGUGAAAAACGAUCCAACAUUUCGUGAAGUGGAGAAUGUGCGUGUAAUGGCACAAUCAAAUUUGGUGACAUAUAAGGGACCAACAAUGAUUGCCUGUACCCUUCAAGCCAUUGCAAUUUUGUUGAAGGAGAGCUUGACUUGGGAUUGGUUUAUAAACCUCAGUGCUUCAGAUUAUCCUCUUGUGACACAAGAUGAUCUGCUCCAUGUUUUUUCUAAUUUGUCCAGAAAUCUCAAUUUCAUAGAACAUACACAGAUACGUGGGUGGAAACUGAACCAGAGAGCAAAGCCAAUCAUCAUUGAUCCAGGCCUAUACUUAUCCAAAAAAUCUGACAUUGCUUCGACAACUCAACGUCGGUCACUUCCCACAUCCUUCAAGUUGUUCACUGGCUCAGCAUGGGUGAUGCUAACUCGGUCCUUUGUGGAAUACUGUAUAUGGGGAUGGGAUAACCUCCCACGAACGAUCUUAAUGUAUUACACAAAUUUCAUCUCCUCUCCAGAAGGCUAUUUCCACACCGUUAUUUGCAACACCGAAGAGUUCCAUAAUACUGCAAUAAGCCAUGAUCUUCACUACAUUGCUUGGGACACCCCUCCAAAGCAACAUCCUCGCUCUCUGACAAUCAAGGACUUUGACAAAAUGGUUAACAGCAGCGCUCCAUUUGCUAGAAAAUUUCCAAAGGAUGACUCAGUUUUAGACAAGAUUGAUAAAGAGCUUCUAGGGCGUACAAAUCGGUUUUCACCUGGUGCAUGGUGUAUCGGGAACUCAGAUGGUGGGGCUGACCCAUGCUCCUUGCGAGGCGAUGAUUCAGUGUUUAGGCCUGGUCCUGGUGCAAAGAGGUUGCAAGAGCUAAUUGAUCAGCUGUUAUCUGAAGAUUUUCGGAGCAAGCAGUGUCCAUCCUAAAGGUGAGACUGGAAAUUGGUUCCAUAUUGGUAUUUGUCAGGGUGAUUGGGAGCUUAGAUGGUGGGGCUGAUUUGUGGUGUCAGUUUUUCAGUCAGCAACUAGGUUGCAAGAACCUGAUUGAGAAGCUGUUUUAAAAAUUUUUGGGGCAAGUGUACAUUGGUUCAUAGAUUACAGUCUUGAUGUAAAAUUAUGCAACUUUAUUUUAAUGAAAUAACUUACAAGUUA